CCUCUCUGUCUCCCCCCUUCCCCCCUCGCCCCUCCGGUGGGCGGGUCUCUUUUCUCUCUCGGAUGUAUCUCGGAUGAUUCAGCGGACUGAUCUGCGCUCAGACAUGGAGGUUAAUGAGUCUCAGCAGGAUCGAGUGCAGCUCCUCUCUGAGAAGAGGAAGUGGCAGACAGAAAUCGAGAACAAGAAGCGCCAACUGGAGGACGACAAGAGAGCUCUGCAGCACCUGAAGUCGAAGGCUCUGAGGGAGCGUUGGCUGCUGGACGGAGCGCCCUCUUCUGGACCGGAGCAGGACGACGUGAGGAGACAGCUGGAGCAGGACGAGACCCGGACCCUAACCCUGGAGGACAACAUACACAGGUUGGAGGAGGAGCUGCUCAGUCUGGAAACUGGAAGUGUGUGUCAGACCAUAAUACACACUGCUGUGUGUUCAGGAUCAGUUAAAGCUGUUGGGGUCAAAGGUCAGCCGGAGCGAGCAGCCACGACAGCGGCGGCUCAGAUCGCUCCAGCCUUUGCAGAGGUCAGAGUUCCUAAAAGCCCCCGCGUGAGCGCAGCGAGCGAGGAGAGCGAGGAGAUGAAGAGAGCGAUGUACUCUGUGGAGAUUAAAGUGGAGCGGGACAGGCUGACGGGGGAAACCCGGGUUCUGUCCACUAACACCACACUUCCUGUUGACUUCUCUCAGCGAGGGGUCAAAGUUUACGAGGACGAGAGGAAAGUGGUCCACGAGAUGAACGGAGAAGACGGCGUGCAGCUGCUCAGCGUCUCCGAGGUCGAGGAUCUCAUCCACAAAGCCGACGAGGCGUCUGUGAUGUCGCAGACUGUCGCCACUGUGACAUCUCUCCCGACAGCCGAGGCAGCAGCGACGGAGGAGCAGGCGAGCCCCGAGACUUCGCUGCCGGCAGAGAUCAGGGGGCUGCGGGCCGAGCCAGGUGGCGAGCGUGGCCUGGCAGAUGCCAGCGCCACGGCACCGCUCACCAUGGUGUUCAUGGGCUACCAGAGCGUGGAGGACGAGGACGAGACCAAGAAGGUGUUCGGUCUGGUCGGCACGGUGACGGCCGAGCGCGUGCUCAUCGACGACCAUGUCCCCAGUGAUGAAACAUCGCCGAGCGCCUCGCAGGAAGCUCCUCCUACGCACGCCACCAAGAAACCUACGGAAAUGGCCACAGCGCCGGUGGGCAACGGGGAGCCAGCGGACGAGGGAGUUAGGGAAGGGAAGGAAGAGAUGGAAGGGAAGGAAGGGAAGGACGGGAAGGACGGGAAGGAAAGGAAGGACGGGAAGGACGGGAAGGAAGGGAAGGAAGGGAAGGACGGGAAGGAAGGGAAGGAAGAGAAGGAAGGGAAGGAAGGAGUGGAGGAGGUGAAGGAGAAGAAGCCGUGUAAGUGCUGCAGCAUCAUGUGACUCGAGUCAGCGUUUUGAUGGUUUGCGACUUGUUAAAAACUAAAUGACGGGAGACUUGACUUGUGUAAAAUGUAACUUCACAUAUUCGACGUUUUACAACUUUUGUUCUUGAGGGACUUGUGUUUACUAAGGACUCGACUUGCUUGGGACUCGAGUGAAGCUGCUUCAAUUAUAAUCAUCUGAAAAACUAAAAGGACAGAAACUACAGGAACUAAGCUC